GAGUGAUCAAGUGACAAAGACGAUUAUAUACUUGUUGUUAUGGGGAGGGGAAGCAGCAACAAAAUGAUCUCAAAUGUUACAAUUCUGCUGAGCAUCAUCAUCAUCAUCGUCUCCAAUCUACUGCUCUCUGCUACCACCGUAGCAUCGUUCUCCUUCUGGCCGUACCAUUACGUCCACGUCACCAACGAGCUCACCGGCGGGAAGGUGCUGCUUGUCCACUGCAAGUCCGGCACCCGCGAUCUCGGGGUCCAGAACAUCACCCCUGCCAAGGAGCUGACGUGGCGGUUCAGGCCCGGGUUUCUCGUCGUGUCGACUCUCUAUUGGUGCUACGUGGCCCCCGACGACAGCCACCACAUCCAUUUCGAUGCGUGGACAAACGACGUCGCAGGGAAGUACGAGUACGAUUACAACAUGUCAUGGGUCGUUAAAGACGACGGGCUCUAUGUGAGAAUUCCGACCCGCGGCGAUCUGUGUUGGCAAAAAUGGGAUCAGGGGAGGAUGGAACGAGACAGCGAAAUUCUCUUGACUCGUUUUAAUUAAUCAUCUAAUGGAAAUUGAUAAAUCUCGAGUUAAUUUCUCAAGUAAUUGUUUACCAAUAGCUAUACCAAUCAUCUAAUGAAGCAUUGGCUAGUUUAUUCUUACUAUAUGAUUGUUAACUCUAAGGUUGGGAGGAAAGGUGUGGUCACUAUAUUGACCUUUUUUAUUUAUUACCGCGGGGGAAUUAUGCUGUGCCGGCACAACAUCGGUGCCGGUUCACGCUUAACCGUUGUUACUAAGGGUAAAUUGAGUAUGGAAAAAAUAAAUUAUAUUAAUUAAUUUUAAUAAAUUACAGUUUAGGUA